AACCAAAAUAAAUUGCAGCUUUAUUAAUAUGUGCAUUUAUGACAUGCGUGGGCAUGACCUUUCUGAUUUUGGCCUGUGCCGUGCCCCAACAAAAGAUUUUCUAUCCAUUCUUUGUGCUGCUGUUUUAUGUCCUGUCCGUCAUACCGAUUGUCAUAGCCAAACGACUGAAUCCCGGCGCUGAAACAAAUCCCAAGACAGAAUUUGCCCUUUUCCUAACAGCGGGAAUGGUUCUAAGCGCAUUUGCUUUGCCCAUUGUUUUGGCACAUACUGGAGUGAUUACCUGGCUGGGGUGCAUAUUGACUUUGGUCAGCAAUGUCAUUAACUAUUUAACCAUUUUCGGUUAUGUUAUGAGAGAAAAUGAAUUUGAUGCUCCAUAUGGUGGUAUGUUCUAAAUAUGUGUGUCGACAAAGAGAUGAUUACAAUGAGCGAUGAAAAGUAAUCCAUACAAGUAAAGAAAUGGAUAUGGUAUUUAUAAUUUCGCAUAGAAUUAAAGCUGGCUGUAUAAUUACAUUACACAGCAUCGGAUGGAAAAAGAAGUCGAGUAUUACACAUACAAAUUGGUACAUUAGGCUACAUACAUAUAUAAAUAUUACGCUGUUUUUUUUUUUACAUAUAAUAUGCAUAACACGAAAUAGGCAUCAAAUUAGACACUCAUAUUUAUUUCUAAUCUCAUAGGUGUUAAAAUUACCGAAAACAAUAAUAAAAAAUAAUAUUAAAAUACAAUAAUAAAAAUCACCACAAUAAACAAA